AUGGAGGCGAGGAAGAGAGAGCGUCCUAUCCUCCCUGCAUCGUCCCGACCUAGUGAAGCGGUGGACAAGCUUGAACAAGAAGACGAGGAUUUUCAGCCCCGCAAGCAGCGACGUCGGCCCGCACACAUUGCAUGUAAUAAUUGUAGGCUUCAGAAAAAGAGUUGUGAUGGAAAGCGGCCGCGUUGCACGACAUGUCGUCGACGACAGCUGGAUUGCGUUUACCGACAAGGGCAAAGAGGCAGCAAUGCUGGAACCACGGAGCAACUUGGAGCGCUCCAGCAUCAGUUGAAGAAUCACCAAGAUUUCUUGGACUAUCUCCGAUUUCUACCGGACCAUGAGGCCAUGGGAGUACUCGCCCAACUACGCCUCGUCCCAGAUGUUUCUUACCUGCUCUCCAGGGCUAAUGGAGGCGUGUUCUUGCGGAACUGUCUCUCUGAACACAAGACCGCCCGCGCAAUGUCGCCAUCUACGCAGUCGGAGGUCGAGUUUGAGCUAAUGGCACAGUAUCAGACGGCGUAUCCGAAGCUCCCUGUUGUCGAUCUGGAGAGUGGUGAUGGCGUGUUCAACAGCCCGGGUCGAAAAUCCAGGGCUUCCAUGCCAAAAACUCAAAGCAACCAAGGAAAAGAAUCAUUCGUGUUGGAUGGCAGCCAUAGUGAUGAGCCGGUAUCCAGGAACCAUUGCGAAGCGUUUCAUCAACUUUCAUCCCCAAUAGGGCCAUCAAUACCUCCUCUAUAUUGCGACAGCAUAUUGCGUCAGUUAGACAUCAGCUACUGGAUCAAAGUACCCGUAUCAAAUGAGGUUGCCGCGAGACUUAUUUCCUAUUAUCUCACGACCGACCACUCUAUUUUUGGUAUUUUUGACAGCGAUUUAUUUCUGGAAGACCUCGUCGGCCAUGGCCUCCAGUUUUGCUCCGCCUUUUUAGUUUGCUCCAUAUUGUACUUGUCGAGUCAAGGGUACACAGCUGUAGAUCCUAAAUCGGCAUACCUCACGACCGCCUUCUUCCAAGAGGCAGAGAUGCUACAGCACGGCGAAAUGGCCGACGACUCGGUCACAACGGUGGCGGCAAUCGAAAUAUUCAGCUUCGCGUGCAUGCUUCACGGAAACGACUCUCUAGGCAGGGAGGCGUCCUUAGCAGGACGGUGCAUGGCCGAACGACUAGGUCUCUUUGGAGUCCCUUUUGAGCACCCUCUUGCGCAAUCUCUCCACGAUAUGGCACCAGAUCGCGUAAGAUCAGCUUCAUACACUGCCUGGGGAGCAUACAACUGGUUAACAACCAUCGUCUUCUUCUUGGAGCAGCAGCCGAUCCAUUUUCCACCAAGUCUACCAGUCCCCGGAGACACCAGAGUAUCUGAUAACAACACUCUGAAAGCGCUGCCACUUCCUUUGUGUCGCUUUGUGGGACGGGAAUUCCCCUCGUCGUGCAAGUUAUGGACAAUCGUUCAGGAAGUAGCCGCUGUCUACCGCAUGGACAGCGACAUUCCUGUUCGUGAGCGCGUUCCCAUGGCAUUCGCAGAGGCCAAGUGUCGCAAGCUAUUCGCUUGGGCGAACACCAUCAAACAUGACGCCGCCUUGGAUGCGUGCAGUCCCCUAAACAUGACUAUAUUCCACUUGAUGCUACAUUACACUGUUGCCCUCACUCUACAUCCCUUUAUUAACAGCCCACGAACACAUCGUCUACGAUCCUUCACUUCGUACGACAGCCACCCAAGAGCCAUUUACGCCGCGUCCAUCAACCAAAUAAAACAGCUUGUUCUCCAAUGCUACACGUACAACCUCACCACGUUUCGCUGCGCCCUCCUCAACCCAGGCUUGCUCACCCUCUGCACCGCCCUGCUAGUAGAUAUCCCCGAUCCGCAGUGGAAGCCCUACUUUUUAAUCGCCUUUUACUGCUGGAAAAGUCUGUAUGUUUGCUUCCCGGUCUUUCACGACAUCGCAAAGGGGAUCCUGUCACUGGCAAUGCAGAAAAGGGCGUUUGCGAAAUCCGAGGCUAGAGCCCUGAUGGAUGAGUUUGAAAAGUCUGGUCUUCAUCAUGCUGCUGCGGAGGAUCCUACGACCAGUUUUGUGUUUGACUGGCUUGUGUCAUUGGCGUCGCCGUCGGAGGCGCAGAUGCGGCUUAUGUCACUCAAGUUUGAUGAGCUUAUCUUGGUUGAGGAGCUUACUACCGUUGAUGGUUCGGAUUGA